UGUUGUCCAGAGCCCAGCCCAGCUUCCCGGUGCCUUUGCUGAGAAACUGAGGCGCUGAGAGGCUGUAACAAGCUUUGAUUCAUAACCUCUCACUGCAAACCUGCCAGGUUGCUGGAAGGACUCCUGUCCUGCUGCUGCAGCUGCCUGCAGAUUUAAGGGGAUGCUCUGCUUUCCUUCAGUGCCCCGGGCUGCAGGAGGGGUGUGAGUGUGUUUGGUCUUUCUGUGAACACGUAGUUUCUGUCACUUCUCCGGCGCUGUGGGCAGCAGCAGUUUCCAUUUGGGUUUUCUUUCCCUGCAGCUCCAAGCUGCUCUCAGUGCUCUCACCCACUGCUGUGCUUCUUUCCCAGCCCCCAGGUUGUGCCAGGCAGCGCGGGGGAGCUGGCACAGCCCUCCCACCCUGUUUCCCAUUAAUUUUACAAGUGAAUCAGAAGGUUCUUGUGAAGGUUUGUGUGGGAGUAUCGUGGAGGAGGUAGGAAGAGCCGGUCGCCCUUUAAGAGCAGCCCCAUUACAUCACUUGCCAAGAGCUUUGGGCUCUUUCAGCCGGAGCCAGAUCCACUGCUCCAGCAGCAGCACCCGUUGCCCUUAGCAACAGGCAUCUCCGUGCUGUUGCCAUGGGAACGACAGCUGGGUAGCGGGAGGGCAUCUCCUGCCUUGCACAUCUCCUACCUCACACUCACUGCCCUGAGGACAGGUUUGCCAGCCCUUCGGUGAGUGGUGCAAGCUGCAGCCGAAAGAUGCUGCCAAGAUGCCUGAGAGUGCCUGGAAGCUGCUUUUCUACACGAUAUCCUGGUCGUAUGGCUGCUACCUGCUGUUCUUCACUGACUACCCCUUCUUCUACGACCCACCGUCCGUCUUUUACGACUGGAAGAAGGGUAUGGAUGUGCCCACGGACAUCGCUGUCGCCUACCUGUUGCAGUGCAGCUUCUAUGGGCACUCCAUCUAUGCCACUGCCUACAUGGACACGUGGCGCAAGGACUCCGUUGUCAUGCUGCUCCACCACGUGGUUGCUCUGACCCUUAUAGCCUUCUCCUACGCUUUCAGGUACCACAACGUGGGCAUCCUCGUGCUCUUCCUGCACGAUAUUAAUGACGUGCAGCUGGAAUUCACUAAGCUCAAUGUCUACUUCAAGCACCGGGGGGGUGUCUACCAUCGGCUCAACGACAUCAUCUCCAACAUUGGCUGCAUCACCUUCAGUGUCAGCUGGUUUUGGUUCCGUCUCUACUGGUUUCCCCUCAAGGUGCUCUAUGCCACUUGUUACUCCAGCCUCCAGUCGGUUCCUAAUAUCCCCUUCUACUUCUUCUUCAAUGCUCUGCUCCUUGUCCUCACUCUGAUGAACAUCUACUGGUUUCUGUACAUCGUCCUGUUUGUGGCCAAGGUGCUGAUGGGGCAGGUGCACGAGGUGAAUGACGUGCGUGAGUAUGAUGUGGAGGACAGCAAGAAAACCACAGCAGCCAAGAAGAAAGAGAGUGGGCUCCAGCUGCCCAGUGCUCUGAAAGAAGGGAUGCACCUGAAGAAUGGACUUGUGAAAGACAAGAGGUUAUAAGAGCGUGGCUGCUGCAGCCUGGCUGGAUCUGGGGACUGACCCAGGACCCUACGCUCAAUCCCAGCAAAUGAAAGGCACAAGAAGAACUUAAUCCCCUACGCCCCUUCAUCCCCUGCCUGGAGCCGGGGAAGAGAUGCCACUGAUGGAACAGGCCCCUGCCAGGCCUUGCCUGUGACCAGGCUUCAGCUGAUGCUGUGUACUUUCUGUAGCCCAUACAUGCUGGUUCAGUUGA